AUGUGCCGCCAAUACUUCACAUUCUACGAAUGGUGCCAAUGCGAAGAAGACGCCGGGCAGAGCGUAUGCGCCGGCCACCGUCGCAACAACUGCCCGGGCGUUAGCAUCGAAACCGUCCACAUGCACUGCUUCUGCAACGGCCACGCUACACAGGGCUUCAAAUCCGAGAAACAGACACGGAAGGAGGAGAACAAGGCCGGGCGCCGCUCUCAGGAUUCUAUGGAUGAGAAGACGUCCUUUGGACGCCGCUGGUUCCAGUGGUAUCAAUGGCGGGGCUUGCGAUCUCACUGA